GGUUGAAAAAUUGUGCCUAGCUAUACAUCGCACUUAUUCUCUUGGGUCGUUCCUCGAACUGAAGAUCAUGAUUUGAGCUGCCAUAAUGUUUUACUUGAUUUCACUAUUUGUGUGUGCCACACCCCAAAUGAAGGGGACAGUAAGUGUUGAUGACGAUUUCCCUUUCUAAUUCUAAGGUUAGCACAGCACUCGUGUCCUUACAAUCCCGCCCCUUGCACCAACAGUUUGUGUGCUCACUGAGGGGAGUUUGUUUUAGUACUGAUGACUAGGGCCUUUGGUGUCACUCAACAUUUAGAUUGGCUGUCAAGCGUGAGUAUCCUUUGUCCAAUAAGGGAGCGUAUUUCAGGCCAGUAAGGUUAGCUUUCUCCUGUUCGUCAAUCAAUUGUGGCCUCAACACAAAGCUGGCUAGAAGCUGUAGCAUUCUGGGUGGGCUGACACAAUCCUGGGUAAGAAGCGGCGUAAAGACUGAUACAUUCGACAUUAGGAAACAGUCUAGGCCACUGGUGACGGUGGUGUAUGCCCGUGUUGUGAUGAUGAACAGCGGGUUGUUGCUGCGCCCCAUGACGGAGAAGGGCACGAGGCGGCCCAAGUGUGCCCGCUGUCGGAACCACGGUAUCGUCAGCUGGCUGAAGGGUCACAAACGCCACUGCAGGUACCGGGACUGCACCUGUCCCAAAUGCAACCUUAUCGCGGAGAGACAGCGUGUGAUGGCCGCACAAGUGGCUCUUAAAAGGCAGCAGGCGGCGGAGGACGCCAUCGCCAUGGGCCUACGGGCCUGCUCCCCGGGCUACCUGCCGCCGGGCCCGAUCUGGCCAGACUCGCAGCCUGAUGAACCCAACAACACAGACGGACCUGACAGGGACGACGAUGGCAGAGAGAGCAGCGGCAACACAGACGACAGUUGCAGUGAGAAGGACGAAGUGUCCCCUGACAGAAGCGGCACUCAGGCACGCAGGGCCUCGCCAGGCAGCGGCGACACCACCGCCUUCAGCGCCAAGUUCGGCUCGGACAGUUCAGAAGUCUCUGCCGGCUUUCGGCCCGGCAGACUCAGCCCUAUCGAGAUCCUACAGCGUAUUUUCCCACUGCAGAAGAGAAGUGUGUUGGACCUUGUGUUGCAAGGAUGCAACGGCGACCUUGUCAAAGCCAUAGAACAUUUCCUGAAUGCCAACGAAGCGGUGCUAGCCAGCUAUCCGGGCAUCCCUAACAAACCUGCCGAGGCAGGGCUGUCUCUCCCCGGCAGUAGCGGCGGCACGGCGUUCCGUCCACCGGGAAACACGGCCGGACACGAAGAGACCAAAUCUGCCUUCUCUCCUUUUACGACACACCAACCGCCACAGUUCCUCUUCUCACCCCGCUUAACUCCGUUUUCAGUGGACGCACUUCUGGGUCGACCGUACAACCUCUUUCCCCCCGGCCGUGUGCCCGUGCUAGACGGCACGUCUAGGCCUCUCCCCUCCGACCACACGCAGACCCUCUCCAUGGCCAUGGGCGGCCUCGCACCGUUCGUGUCCCCGGCAGGGAAACCGUCCGUCCCCGGGACUGAGUUAGCAGGAGCGAGACUGUGGCUUCCCUGGACGGCCUGCGCCCCUCCCGCUGCUACACUCACCUCACACAAGCCGCAAGAAGAGAAGGAUACCGGCCACAACAAAUAAUCUGGACUGCGACGGUAACUACACUACACUGUAAAUAAAGUAUUCCAGGAAUGAGAUACUUCAACGGACAUUUUUAAUCUUUCUUAAGUGAUUCUUUGACUUUCCAAAGAUUGUUACUUGAUAUGAUUGACACUCGGUUGAAGUAAUGGAUGUGUUUUGACAAUUUUGGACUUGUGUUCGGCAAUGGUGCCCACUGAUGUGGCCAUCACCCGUCAGAUUCCUCUUUAAGUUUUACCUUAACUUGUCAGAUCUCUGGUGCAGUGUUUGCAAUUUUGAUUGUUGACCUGCUAUGCAAGUCUUAAUGUCUUCUCAGUACCCUUGCACGAAACAACAUGGCCAUUGACCCUAUUACAUGUAUGUGCUUAAAUAUCUUUGUCGUCUUUGUCUUAAGUCUUUAUUUCGCAUUUAUCGGCAGUAACACGCUAAUCUGUUUCAUUUUCCGUUCUUUUCAAUCAUGUUGAUUGUUAUAAAGAUGUUUAAUGGUUGCAGAAUAUAAUUUGAAUCGUUCUCCAAAUGAUAAAAACCUAUGUACCUGUAGUUAAGAGAUGAUUCCAACGUGGUAUUUCUGUUGUUUUCUUUUAUUCCAAGAAAAAACUGUUUAAGAAGCUAGAAUUUGUCAAGAGUGAUAUUAAAAUGUGACAAAUGUUGAAA